GUCGACUAAGGGGGUUUUCCUUCUGAGAUUCCUGAUUUUUUCCCCGAAGCACGUUGCGACACGACCACUGUGGGACUAGCAGCAGGCCUCUGGGAGGCGGGUUGUGCGCGUUGCAGCCAACUGCGGACGCCUGCUGUGUUCGGCUGAGCUCUCGUCACCUAGAAAAUAACAAUCCUUAAGGGAACCGACCAGUUCUUAGCUAAUAAAUAAAACAAGUAACAUCCAAGAGGGCGUCUCAAUAGGAACAGCAGAUGAAAAUCAGGUCGCUCUGGUCUCACCGGACCCGAGAUUCGCCGGCGGACACUUCGGUGCCCAGAGGUUAACCCCGUGAUUCUGUGACCCUCGCAAAAUGGCGACUAAUGCAGAGACCUGGAAAGAAGUAAAGUAAAUGCUAGAACAUUAAAGAAGUGCGUUCUCAGUGCGAGGGAAACAGGACAGUAUCUGCUCUUUAGAAGUCUCAAUUCGGCGGUGUGUUGCCUCGAGUGUCUACUUCUGAGCACUGCGUACGUCAACCUGCUCAUCUCUUUCAUCGGAGCUGGAACCUCCGGAAAUUUUCUUCACUUCUGGCGAUGGUCGAGAUAUUUCGUGUUUUUUUUGAGACCACGCACUGGGGGAGAAGUAUCAAGCUCUGGUACCCGCGAAUGUCGCAUCGUUGAGUCUGGAGCUGGCCCCCCCCCCCUUCCCAAAAUCGACAGCGCUUUCCGAUUGAUCCAUCUCCAUUCUGUCUGAUGGUUUUCUUUCUAGUUCGUUGCGUUUCUUUCCCUCGCGUUUUAUCCCUACUCCUCUCAGAUCCGCUUUCUCGCUUUUUUUUUCGGCCGACCUCUCCCCACGGGGCCCCCGCGUAUCUUCCGUGCACUAUCAGCGAACUUCCGACUUUGGGUUUUCUUCCCGAUGUCGUCAACUUCUUUCUUGUUCAUAAAAACUCCAGCUUCUCAGAUGUCUUUCCGUUUCAGACAGGGAAGAAAAAGUGAACGUAUUCCCUGUUGGGUGAACAAUCGGGGGUAAAUUCUGACACAGUUGGCUGCACGGCGGCUCUGUGCGGAAGGAAGACUUUCUAGAAGGAAACACAGCGUUCCUCAUCUGCGAUUCACACGUACUUGUUUACUUUUCCCAUUUGUUUCAUGCGUUGACGACGCAUAAUCUCGAAGCGCGAGAGUAUCUGGUUUCUUCAUCUCCACCGCGGGAGAAAUUAGGGAACCUGGAUGUCCUUGGCACCUCUUUCAGAGUGAGCUACUCGUGGACAGAGAGGCGGUUCCGUCGCCACUUGAUCAUUUGUUUUCCACUGCCACGCUGACACCUUGGGAUGAGUUGCAAGGGCCGUAUCACCUUUUCCUGAUCUGCUUCUCGUCUUGCUCCCUCGUCCUAACUUGUCAUUUCCUCUUUCCUUCCAUUCCCCAACUCUCGCCUCUGUACCGAUUCUCCUGGCGUCCAUCCCGCGGCGCCGCAUCUUCUCGCGCUUCUCCUGCCUCUCAUGUUCGCUGUGGCGUCUGCCUCUUCGGCUUGUCUUCCGAGACUCUUCUUCCCCUUUCUUCGCUCUUUCCGCUAACAUGAAUCUUAUUCUCCUCAAGAGGCGGCAGAUCCGCCGAGUCCGAACCAGGUUGUCAACGUCGCAGCCAACGGAGAAAGGAGACGAGGGAGCGAAGAAAGGAGACGAGGGAGAAGAACAACUCCUUGUGGAUUUGACGGGCCUUGCGGCUCAACACUGCUUCUCUGUCCUCAAAGUUCAGGUCGGGAGUUCUCUCAAAGUAGGAGUAUUCAAUGGAGGCAUCUGCAGCGCCAAUGUUGUUGCGGUUAACCAGCACCCCCUCUGUGUUCAAAUCCACCUCGAGAGAGACAUCGCGCGGGAGCCUUCCGCGUCUCCUGCUCCUCUGAUCGAUCUGCUCCUUGCGAUUCCUCGUCCCAAGACACUCGACAAGAUUCUCCAGGUCAGUGCGACGUUGGGCGUCGGCCGGCUUCUGCUCGUAUGCUCGGAACGGGUCGAGAAAGGAUAUCUUUCCAGUCCAAAGCUAUCCCGCGAAAACAUCGAAAAACAGCUGCAGACAGGCCUCGAACAAGGCGUCUCUACGCGUGUUCCUGAAGUCCAAGUAUUUGCUUCUUGGCAAGCGCUAAUGGUUUUUCUUCGCCGCUCGCGGUCUCCGUGCACGUUUCACUCCCAGCAGAAAGAUAAAAUCGUUCGAGAGAGUCCAGAUUCUUGCCUCCCGGCGAAUGGAGUUUCCACUGCUCUCUCUGGCAGUGAGGGAGAACAGGGUGGGGGAGCCGAGAGAACAGACCAGCGAGACUCGCACUCAAGAGUCCCCUGGUGUUGCUACACCAGUGCGGUGGGGCGCUCUCGGCGCCUCCUCGCCCACCCUGGAGUGGAUGCGACGCUACCCUCCCUCAAAAUGCAGGCACACUCGGGCGGCAGAGUGCUCGUGGCUAUCGGGCCUGAGGGCGGUUGGAUCGACCAAGAGGUGGAGGAGCUGAGAGAGACGCAAGGCUUUGAGUUUUUUUCUUUGGGGGACCGAGUGCUCAGGUGUGAAACUGCUGUCGUCUCUGUCAUCGCGCAGCUGAACAUGCUUCUGCAAGACACGACUCUUCGCGCGGGCCUUCCGCCUGCGUGCGCCUCGUCUGAAGAGGAAAGUCAAGCGACUUCGACUUGGAGAAAUGUUUCUCCGGACGCGAGAGUUGCCCAGAAUGUUGUGGACGAAGCACGGCGGCGAACGAGCCCGGGAUCGUCACAGGACGACAGCACAACUGCCGGAAAAACAGAACUCGAAGGAGACAAAGCGAAUGCGUCACCAAGCGCUUCGUCCUGCAGAGAACUCGUGACGCAGUCCUCGAAAAAGGAAAGAAACAGGGAAGGGGUUCGCCAGGUACACCGCGACGAAGAUGGAAGGAUUAUUGUCUUGCCGCAGAAGUUUUCUCAACACAGAUCAUCCGUAGUGUGUCAGAAUUGCGACGAAAAAAGUGAUACGGCUACGCACUGUGGAGUAUGAUCCGUUCUUUUUUAGCAGGAGACUGAAAAGGACAACGAACUUCCUGUCGACACUUUGUCGUAACUCCCAUCUCGAUGGCACACGGCAUUACCGAGGCUUGUCUGUUUGCUCCAAGCUAUAGGACGCAAGAGGUCAACGCUCUUUAUCCACACUGCUUUCAGGAAGUGGAGAGACACGACUGUCGUGAUUCCGAGGAAAUCUGGCAUGAUGCGCGUCUGCAUUUGACCACAGUUGUACAAG